AUGUCACUAUCAAACACACUGUCCCUGUUAUUCGGCGAAUUAGAGCCGUGGGUCGUGAUAACUCUUGGCUUUGUGCAUAUUUUAAUAGUUUCCCUCAUAGUUUUGUACAGAGACAAAUUGACAGAGAAUGCAAAGCCUACGCCGCAGAUAGUAUUGACACCUCCGUCAACUGAUCCAUCAAUUAAUGAAAAUAUUGUGAAGGUAAAAGGAAACAGUUUGUAUUUAAUGUUGUAUUCCGUGAAAGGUUUUUCGAAGGGUGCCGAGGAGUACUUUUUAGAGACAUUACUCGCAAAACUGAAAAAAUACAUAUUUCAUGAUGGACGGAAGAGCGGUUGUUUAGAGUUUAUACGUAAUUGGAUAAACUGCAACAAAAACAAUACGAAUAAUCUUCGCGAGCAUAGGACGUCCAAAAAUUAAGAGUCCACCAAGAAGACUUGCACCUCAGUCCUUUCAGACAAACGCCUUAAGAGCAAAUUGCUUCUAGUUAUUCCUGUGAAUACUAAUGUGAUUCGCCUCAGUACUAUUCACGCGUGAUAGUUACUUAAGUCAGGGACAAUGAUUAACGUAUCCACAACCGUAUCGGUCGGCCAGUUCAUCGUGGAUGUCUCUUGAAAAAGGGCCAGCAUAAGUUCCUCGAACACCAAAUUUUCUGAAUCAGUUUGCUUGAGAAACUGCGUAAUUUCGCGCACAAAUAAUUAAAAUUACUCAUACCGCUGUAAAAGCUAACAGAACACUAGAGGUCAUCAUACACUGCUGUUUUUCCCUAUAGGAAGAAAACAGCUCUUCAGACAGUGACAUUGAAACGGAACCAGUCACUGCCUACUGCAGCAACGGAUGUCAGGGCGCAUGCGCUUGUCCAGCCUUGGAAUCUCAUCUGGACAUCCAAAGGAAAAGUGAUCCCACAUUGACGCCGCUCUCUUCUGAGCUUCCCACUCCACCUGGUGAACGAACACUCGAGCCUCUUCUACAAUCAGAAAGUCGGAGCAUGCGCAAAUUUAGGCAGAAAAGCACAGAUGAAAAAUUAGCUAUCCAGUACUUCAAAGAGAAAUCCCAGUGGGAGUCAAUUGACGCCGGAAGUGCGGAAACAGGAGGUGAAUUAGACACGGGUGAACGAAGGAAAAGCGAAAGUAAAGAUGGCUACAAAGGCAAAGCAGCCAGCCGGAGCAUGCCUAUCUUCCGAAAGAAAAGCACGGAUGAAAACAAAUCAGUUUCAUAUGUUGUACAUAAACUGCACCGGAAAUCAGAUGACGUGGUGGGUAGACGAAGAGAUAGUGAAUUCACCACAAGUGAGCGCAGAGGAAGUGAAGGGGAAAAAAGCACAAACAAGGGACGCAAGGACAGUUGGGCUUCAGAUAAAUCCCGCCGAAAGUCACUUGACACCGGAAGCGUACAAUCAGGAAGUGAACUUGACGGAAACGAACGAAGAGGAAGUGAAGGGAAAAAAAGCACAAACAAGGGACGCAAGGACAGUUGGGCUUCAGAUAAAUCCCGCCGAAAGUCACUUGACACCGGAAGCGUACAAUCAGGAAGUGAAAUUGACGGAAGUGAACGCAGAGGAAGUGAGGGGUCUGAAAACUACAAAACAGAGCGCAAGAUGAGUCGAUUUCAGAAAUGGCGAAGACGUUUGUCUGGAGCCAAGAAAGAAGGAAAUAAAAAUAAAGAGGACACCAGCAUUGAAGUCACUCAAAGAAGCUCGAAACAUGACACAGAUUCUUCACAGGCACUGCAAGAAAAUAUCACCUCUGAGAAUGAAACGAAUAGUGAACAGGUUACAGGCAUUGAGCAAGAAAAUCUGACGGCCUAG